AUGUGGAGCUCAAAUUCACAGGCAGACCUAGCGUUCUUCUGUCCGCAGCAUCAUCACCAGCACCACCAACACGGCUCCCUCUCCUCGGUUCGCAUCCUCGGUCUGCUAACAGACGCCUACUUACUCCCUGCUCUCUACCACGCGCCACACUUGCAAGCUGAGUUGGAGCUUUUAUUCCCCGACCGCCUGCCUUUGAUGCACGUGGGGCGCUACCUGCUGCACCCCGCCAACUACCUCUGGGAGGAAAUCACCCGCGCCUUCCGAGCCUACCUCGCCCCGCACCAACACAGGGUCGGGAUCCAGAUUCGUGAGUUUCAGAAGUACGUGCCAGCUGAUGAUGUGCUGCAGAGAGUGGUGGAUUGCAUGGUGAACGUGACUAAAGUGGUGGGCCCCAUAUUGUCACACGAGGACUGGGAGAAGCUGACGAAGCAGGCACCUCCCAGCAACGCCUCCCUCCUGAGCCAAGUACUGGGAGAGCAGGAGCUGGUUCAGGGGCAAGGGCAGCCGCAAGGGGAGAAGGACGAGAAGGAAAACGGGGAGCAUGUGAAAUCAGAGGAUGGCGACAAGAAGGAAGGCGAGAAGGGAGGCGAGAAUAAAGUUGAAGAGGGGAUGCAGAUGUUGGGAAGAGGGGAUGGGGGUGGUGGAGGGGCGGAGGUGGAGAGAUUAGGUGGUGGGGAGGUGAGGAGGAAGGGGGGGAGUGUGGGGGUGUUUGUGGCGUCGCUGCGGGCAGCGUAUGGGGAGAUGCUGAGGGAGAUGAGCACAGAGGGGCGGCCAGAGGGCGGGCAGGAGAUUGCUGUUAGCAUGGUUGAGGAUUUGUUCGUCUUUUUCACCUGCCCCACCCCCCUUCCCAUCCCCUCGCUGAGCCACGAGGGAGCACAGCAGCUGAGGGAGAAGAAACAGGCGGAGAGGGCGCUGAGGGAGAUGUGGCUGCUCUCCAUGUGUGACACACUUCUGAUCACGGACACAUCCACAUUCGGCUACAUAGCAGCAGGCCUGGCGGGCGUUCGCCCCUACUCUCUCAACAUCGUCGCUCGCUACCACAGCGACUGGCGCAAGAACAACCGAACCUCCUGCUCCCGAACCUCCCCCGAGCCUUGCUACUUGUCAAUAUUCGACGUCAAGUCGAGGCAUAUUCAGGUGAGGAUCUAG